GGAGAGAAUUUAUGAAUCAAAUGAAAAAACUUUUUAAUAUUGAAAACAUAUCCACUGAAAGUCUUCAAACAAAAAUUCCCAUAUCAUUUUUCUCUUCUAAAUCUGAAUUAUCCGACGAUAAUCUUCAAACACUUGAAAUUUACGAUACACCAAUGACUAGCAAAAAGGAAAAAUACAUUGCUACCAGCUCAGGGACAACUCCUUCCAAUCCAUUAACUACUUCAGUAAACUUUGCUCUAAACAAUGAAAAUGAAAUUUUUAAACAACUGUCCAAAAGUCUCAAUAGCUUGGCUACUGCAAUAAAUGGUAUGGACAAAGCACAUGAAACAGGAAUUGUCAAAUAUCCUGAAUUUAGGGGAGGUGACCAGGAUUCUCUAAAUAGGUUGAAGGAAUUUGAAAUUGCUUGUAGAACCAAUCGAGUGAACUCUCAUAAUAGGAAGUUACAAAUUGUAGCUUCUGUUUUGAAAGGAAUUGCUUAA